AUGGCAGAUUCAAGACAGUUAUUAUUUGGAGGUGCUAUUGUAGCACCAAUCAAGUCUUCGUUUGUAGACGCAAGUCUGUUCCGAGAGGUCCCAAGCAACCAAGAGGUGUUUGUAGACACACAUACACAGCAAAGUCUGAUUAUUGAGUUAUUGGAACAAGCUGAUGCCGAAGCAGAUGAAGUAGCAAAAUUCCAUUUUGCGCAGUUGGCUAGCGAUAAUGAUGCUAUUUCAUUCAGCAUCCAGUCUGUUCAGACAUGCUUACCUCAAAAUGUUAGUCCUUUGCUUCCGGCUGAAACAACAUCUGUUUAUGUACUACAUGGGUCUCAACAAGUAGCAAAAUUUAAUGAGGGCAAGGACGGCGCAUACAAUCAUGUACAUAUUGUAAUGGCUGUUAUUAGAUUGGCACGUGUGAAGACCGACAUUGUGAUAUCGAUCAAUGCACCCCAGGCUGUUGCUGAAAAGAGUAGUGAAAAGGCAUCGUCUGCAGAGACGAUUGGUGUGAGUUUAGAGUUGGUUGAUGAAGAGAUGAUGGGUUUAUUGAAUAACUUUGAGGUCAAGGAUUGGACCCUUUUUGUGUAA